AUGACACUAGAGCAGCACCUCCUUUGUGCGGGCACUUGCCAGAAGCAGAGUGCCAGCAAAUUUUCCUAUGCUCAUGUAGACAUCAAAGAGCACGUGAAGCAGCUUGAGAAGGCCGUGUCUGGAAAGGAGCCUCGCUAUGUCCUGCGUGCCCUAAGAGCUCUGCCUUCCACGUCCCGCCGACUCAACCCCAAUGUGCUCCAUAAAGCCAUCAAUGGCUUCUUCACUUCCAACAGCACCAUGCGAGACUUCCUACUGAGCUUUCUGGAGGAGCCUAUGGACACAGAAGCAGAGCUGCAGUUCCGCCCCCGGACAGGAAAGGCAGCCUCAGCCCCCCUCCUGCCAGAGGUGGAAACCUAUCUCCAGCUGCUCCUGGUCAUCUACCUGAUGAACAGUAAACGAUAUCCAGAGGCCCAGAAAGUAUCCGACGACCUUAUGCAGAAGAUCAGUCCUCAGAAUCGCCGAGCCCUGGAUCUGGUGGUGGCCAAGUGUUAUUACUACCACUCCCGUAUUUACGAGUUCCUGAAUAAACUUGACGUGGUCAGGAGUUUCCUGCAUGCCCGCCUGAGGACAGCAACCCUCCGCCAUGAUGCCGAUGGCCAGGCCACUCUCCUGAACUUGCUGCUGAGGAACUAUCUUCACUAUAAUCUCUACGACCAGGCAGAAAAGCUUGUCUCCAAAUCAGUUUUCCCCGAGCAGGCCAAUAACAACGAGUGGGCCAGGUACCUCUAUUACACAGGUCGCAUCAAAGCCAUUCAGCUGGAAUACUCUGAAGCACGCAGGACCAUGACGAAUGCCCUGAGGAAGGCACCACAACACACUGCUGUCGGCUUCAAACAGACAGUGCACAAGCUGCUCAUCGUGGUGGAGUUACUGCUGGGCGAGAUCCCAGACAGGCUCCAGUUCAGACAGCCUUCCCUCAAGAGGUCGCUCAUGCCCUACUUCCUCCUGACGCAGGCUGUUCGGACGGGUAAUUUAGCCAAGUUCAACCAGGUUCUGGAUCAGUUUGCGGACAAAUUUCAGGCCGACGGGACCUAUACCCUCAUCAUCAGGCUGAGACACAAUGUGAUUAAGACAGGUGUGCGCAUGAUCAGCUUGUCCUAUUCUCGCAUAGCUCUGGCUGACAUUGCUCAGAAACUGCAGCUGGACAGCCCGGAGGAUGCUGAGUUCAUUGUUGCCAAGGCCAUCCGGGAUGGGGUGAUUGAAGCCAGCAUUAACCACGAGAAGGGCUACGUCCAGUCCAAAGAGAUGAUUGACAUCUACUCCACGCGGGAGCCCCAGCUGGCCUUCCAUCAGAGGAUCUCCUUCUGCCUCGACAUCCACAACAUGUCUGUCAAGGCCAUGAGGUUCCCACCUAAGUCUUACAACAAGGACUUGGAGUCUGCAGAGGAGCGACGGGAGCGUGAGCAGCAGGACCUUGAGUUUGCGAAGGAAAUGGCAGAAGAUGAUGAUGACGGUUUCCCAUGAUCCUCUGGGGACUGCAGUCUAUUUUUAUUUCCCCACAGGGAAUAUCCUGUCUGAUAGAAGCCAUCCUCUGGGUGGCCACAAUCCAGAAUCUGCCUUUCUUUUAUAAACUAUCUGCAUGUACGUAUUGGGGGGAGGGGAAGAGGGGAGACACACCCAGGUUCUGUAGCGCCUUCUGCUUCUUGCAGAAGGAACCGCUCCCCUAGAACCAUCACCCAGGAGAUAAGUAUAUUACGGGAAACCCACCCUCCCAAUUCCCAAUAAAACAAACUUCUUUUAAGGUUGCUUGUGGUGGAUGUCAUUGCUGCACCCAGUGUGGGAAGCACACGAGGGGUUAAUGAAUUAAACAUACUAAGCUCUCUCCCCAAACCUCUUACCCACUUCUGGGUGCAUCCUUGUGUGUGUGACCUGCCGCUGGGUGGGUGGUGGUUCCUGCUACGCGGGAUGUCAGAGUCACAGCUCUCACAAUAAUAAUGGGUUACAACUUUGUUAAGCUUCAAUUAUGACUUUUAAAAUAAAAGUUGGAAAAAAGCUGG